GCCCUUCGAGACGGCCCGGGGGGCGGUGAGAGACCUCUCCCGCCGGCAUGGCGCACUAUAUCACCCGUAGAGGCCUCUCUAUAGUCGCCUUUUGGCACCUCCUCUAUCCACGCCGCCGAUUAGACCUCGCCGCAUCGCAUCGCCCCCUUCCCUGCCCCGUCGCCCUCCUGAGCUCUCCCUCCUUCGCUCCAGCCAUGCACAGGACGGCUGGACCAUUGGCCCGCGUGCCAGGCGUCCGGGACGGCCGGGUAUCGGCUCCGUACUUUGAGCCCUCUUGGGCCACCCUCGCGUCCACCGGCCGGCAGAGCACCGCUUGGGCGACUCAGACGGCCCGCCCGACCAGCGCGUUCGAUCGUGCCGCCCCCACAGCGUCAGUGGCGUGCGUGGGGUGGCAGGCGGCGUCAGCGCAGCCCCUCGUGGGGAUGAAGCUCGUGCGGCUCGUUUGGGAGCCGCAUGCCGUCCCUCUCUCGCCGGCGCUGCUCACCACGCCCAAGCCUACGCCGAGGAACCAAUGGUUGGGGCCAGAACCCGUCGCGCCCGUCGCUCACGAGCUGGUGGCUCGCAUCGACCGAGCCGUCCAGCUUUCUCACGCCCUGCCCACGAUCAAAUUCGAGACGACCAACAUCCGACCACAAAAAAAGGCCCGCGCGUGCUGCGCGGGCCGGCGAGCGACUAGCGAGCCAACCUGCUAG